CUCUGACCCUUUCUAAUCCCCAGAUUCAUAAAUCAUCAAUUCAGUCUUUUCUUCUUCCAACAAAAAGUCCAGAUAAGGUUUCCCGUCUUUCAAAAAAAGAAAAAAAAAAGUCUUUAUCCAUCAGUGUUACCAUCCAAUCUUCUACGGUGGGCAUUUCCGUCUUCCAUCUUCGGGCGUACAAUAAUCUUGCUCCAGUUACCAUAUACAACAUGAUAUAUCUUUCUUUUUUAGCUCAUUGUCCGUAAACCCCAAUAAAAAGAAUUCCGGUUUUGUUGUAAUAUAGAUCUGCAAUAUCUUUGACAUUGUGCGAACUUGUGCCCGAUGAGCCCCGUCCAAAUAAAUAGUCAAAUCCCUGCACUGGGCAGGCUCUGCUCUGCGGAAAUGCAGCCACAGGACAGUCCCAGGAUGUCCUGAUCUCUCUGUGUGUUCAAGUACGUUGGGAAGAAUAUAUUCCCUUCUAUCGGGUCCUCCUCGCUGUCCUGGCGCAUUUUAAGUUAGCUGUUUGUUGAGGAUUUUGUUGGCUCAGCUGGCCACUCGGCCACUGGGGCAGUGGAAACGUUGAGAGGGCCCGGGGCCAGAUGUACUCCGGACAGUGGCACGCAGCCGGGCUGGAUGCCGGAUGCCCCCAACUUGGGCCAUGGAGGGGCGGAAAAAUUGCUGGGAAGGAUCCUGCAGUAAAAGGAGUUUUUCUCCCACUUCUUUCUCUUCUCCUGAAAGGACCGGUGUGUGCGGAGAGAAACCCAAAUCCCAGACUAACUGCUCCCUAUUUCAGGAUGCCAUUCGGACGCUGAACACCCUCCAGACCAAUGCCAGCUACCUGGAGCAGGUGAAGCGAGAGCGCGGGGACCCCCAGCUGCAGUUGCAAGCCAUGGCCGGGUUCUUGGAACGCACCGGCUUGAAGGUUGAAGACCUGAAUCAACUCAACAUCAUUCACGUCACUGGGACAAAGGGCAAGGGUUCUGCAUGCGCCUUCACGGAAAGGAUUCUGCGCAACUACAAUUUAAAGACGGGCUUCUACAGUUCUCCACAUCUGGUUCAGGUCCGUGAGAGGAUUCGGAUUAAUGGGCAGCCCAUCAGCCGAGAGCUUUUUAGCAAGUAUUUCUGGCAGGUGUUUAACCGGUUGGAGGAGACCAAGGACUCUCAUCAUGCUUCCAUGCCCGCGUACUUCCGGUUCCUCACAAUCAUGGCUUUCCAUGUCUUUCUGCAGGAGAAGGUUGACUUGGCGGUCAUAGAAGUUGGCAUCGGGGGUGCCUACGACUGCACAAAUAUUGUCAGGAAGCCAAUUGUAUGUGGGGUCUCCUCCUUGGGCAUUGACCACACCAGCAUUCUGGGGGACACCAUUGAGAAGAUUGCCUGGCAGAAAGGGGGCAUCUUCAAGCCUGGCGUGCCAGCAUUCACGGUUCCGCAGCCGGAGCAAUCCUUAGCAGUCCUGAAGCAGCGAGCUGAAGAAUGUCCGUGCCCGCUUUUCCUGUGCCCUGACCUGGAUGCCUUCGAAGACGACAACAGGCCCCUCCAGCUAGGUUUGGCUGGUGACCACCAGCGCUCAAAUGCCGCUUUGGCCCUCCAGCUCUCCCGAACGUGGCUUGGCUGCUGUGGGUAUCUGGAUGCUGGUGAGCUGAAAGACCCAUGGGUACCUUCUGAACUUCCAUUGAAGAGGGUGCCCUGCUUGGCCCCUGCUUUUAAGCCAGACCAGCCCAUGGCACAAGGCCUGCAGGCGGCCGUGUGGCUCGGACGUAACCAAGUGCUGCAUCACGGUCCGGUGACGUGGUACAUCGACGGGGCCCACACCACCAGCAGCAUACAGGCCUGUGUCCGCUGGUUCCGCCAAGCGGCCCUGAACGAAGAAAAACCUACAGAUGGCUCUGAAGUCCGAGUGUUGCUGUUCAAUGUGACGGGGGACCGAGAUACGGCUGCUUUGCUGAAACUUUUGUUGCCCUGCCACUUCGAUUACGCCAUUUUCUGCCCCAACUUCACGGAGGUGUCGACUGCGGGAAACGCAGAUCAGCAGAAUUUCAACGUCACCCUGGAGAACGUCCUGACUCGCUGCCUGCAGAAUCAGAGCCACUGGAACCGGCUGAUGGAGGCCAAGCUGACGCAGGACCCUUGGCUGCCUGUCCUGCCGGAGGUGGGGGGCUGGCUGAAGCAGCCCCCGCUUCACGGCCCCCCUCUCUUCGCCGCCCCCUCAACCCGCCUGCUCAACUCCAACUCCUUGGUGUUCCCUUGCAUCUCACACGCCUUGCAGUGGAUCACGCAGGGCAGGGACCCCCACUUGCCAACGCCGCCCCCGCGGGGGCUCCACCCUCACCCGGCGGCCAGCAGUGGGGCCGUGCUGCUCAAGGAAGCAGUGGCCAUCCGGGUCCUGGUGACGGGCAGCCUGCAUCUGGUCGGGGGCGUCUUGAAGCUGCUGGACCCCACCCUUUCGCAGUAGACGCUGUCUGAUGCCAACUCGAAUUAUUCCUGGGCAGCAGAGACCCCCGCGUGCUGCUCACGUCCGUGGCGUUGCAGCUUGGAGUCCUUUGGGGCACAUCCAGCCGCCCCAUUCCUGGGAGACCUGGGCUGGGUCCUCAAUGGAAGCAAAUGGAGCUGUGGAUGACGGCCCUCUGCCAGGCCCCUGUUUGAACGCUGAUGGUUGCAGCUUGGUGUCUGAGUUUUUGACCAUAAGCUCGGAGACAGGGUCCCUCCUCUACCGAGGGAGGAACUUCUCCGUGUGACCCACGUGCAAGAAACCGCCUCCAUCAGCCUCGAGCAGUAGGCAGGGUGCGUUCAUAGAUGACGUUUCUCAGCAGGAUGGAGGCAAAUACAGGCUGGCCGCCUCGGAAACUCCCCUGUGCCUUUUCGACUUGCCCGUUCGCGAUGCUCCUCCGCCAGUUCUCUGCAUUUUCCAUCCCUGCCUUUAUCACUCGCUGCCUUGAUCCGUUGGGCUGCCCGGUUGCCGGCAUUUGGGGGAUGCUGCUACUCCCUUUCCCCAAACUGCCCCACCUGGAGAUUUCCAGCUCUGCCUUUGGACCCUGUUUGGGGUGGUGGUGGUGGAUGGAUAUCCGAGGGGACCAGUCGUUUGCGGGACGGUGCUUCUGCGCAUGCUGCGUCCACCGUUUGGGGCCAGAAGAGCAGGCUGGCUGGACCCACAUGCUUGAGUUGGGCAUUGACAGCCUUGGGGUGGGGGGGUCCCUGUGCUGAUUCACCAUGAGAUCCAAGUGCCUUUUUUCCGGGGUUGGGGGGGAGAAAGAGUCACUGUGUUCUUGCGAUGAGCUGCCAAGCCUACUUUUAGCUCUCCAGGGCGAACUGAUUUUAUUUUAUUUUUUAAAGUAACCUUCGGGUAGUGGGACCAAGCAUUCUACAGCCCCCCCUCCGUUGUAUUUGGCUCAACGAUUGCCUGAGCCCAUUUACCCUUCUUACCCCUUCCCCUUAUGAAAACAGCCUGGUGGGGAUGUUGAACUUCACCUCCCAUCUUCCCUGCCUCUAGGGCAGUGGCUGAUGGGGGCUGCUGUCCCCAACUCCGCGUCUUGCCGGGAAAUUCUGCCAGCAUGUCCCUGCAUUCUGCAAGAGGGGUGAAUGUUUGAGAUGGGGUGCUUGCAUUUAAACCUCAAUGUUCCUCAUUUGCAGCAUUGCAUCUCUGCAAAUAUUUUUGGUUAAGAACUUUGACCCCUUGAAGGCUUCAUUUUUUUAAAGCCCUUUGGGCCAUGGGAAUAAUAAGAGAGAGAGAAGGGGGAACUGGUAGAAGCAGGUUGGCUUCUCUUGCAACCCCCCCCCCCCUUCUUCCUUUCUUGGCAUUUUCAGUUCCUGCAGGGAACUUGCCCAGGUGUGUUUAUGUUUUUCUUCAGGACCUAGCUGAUGCUUAGACCCUCUUUUAAGAAAUGUUAUGGCUGCCCCUUUGAGUUGCACAGGGGUGGAAAUUGGGGCCACUCUGCCCCUUCUGUGAUAGGUUUCGAAUUUCUUUUCCAGGAUUUCAAGAUAUGCAAACAAGCCUAUUGUUCGUCCCUGGAAUUUCUUGCCGUUUCUUUUUAAUUCCCCCACCCUUGGAAUUUGCAAGCUGUUUAACUGGAAUCCGCCUUCUUAUCUCGGCACUGAUGCAACAGCAGUUUUGCAUUUUUCCCCCCUCAGGGUGGGGGGCGAUCUUGUGACCUUCUAAGAGCACAGAACAGAUGGUGACUGUUAUUUUAAAAAAAAAAUGUUCCUGCUUCCUCUAAUGUCUGUGGAACUCUUCCUCCCCCUCCCCCCCCAAAGGAGCAGGAAGCAUAUAUCACGCUGAAUUUAUAAAAGUAAUUUAUCACAGAAAUGUGGCUUUAUUUUACGUUCUUUAUAAACUAAAUGGCGAACUAUUUUUAAGAGUUUUAACUGGUUUUCUUUCAAGCGUUCUUUGUAGAGGGGGCUGAGUGUAAGCUUUGGAAUAAUGAAGCAGAACAAAAAAUCAGCCAGAGAGAGACUCUGAUUCCAAGCAAAUAGAUGCUCCGAAUAAAUAAAUUAAAAAUGGCUUACUGGAA